CCUUAACGGCGCCAUUUACCUAAAGCGCGACCUGAACGCAUCACAUUUUAUGAGCCUAUUAUAUGCAAAGUGGAUGCUUAUGUAAACGGAGUUGUCUGUUCAGAGGAAGUAUGCGCCUCCUCUUUAAGUGUGAUCGGAGCUGCAGCUGAACAGACAGACAACCUCCACGGACGGACACGCUGAAAAUGCCAGGACUGCUGCUCGGAGAUGUAUUUCCUGAUUUUGAAGCAGAGACCACCAAUGGCAAAAUGAAACUCCAUGAAUUCCUCGGUGAUUCAUGGGGAGUCUUGUUCUCCCACCCUAGAGACUACACCCCGGUGUGCACCACGGAGCUGGGUCGAGCUGCCAGACUCUGCAGUGAGUUCAGUAAACGCGGCGUCAAAAUGAUCGCCCUGUCCAUCGACUGUCUGGAGGAUCACCACGGCUGGACCAAGGACAUCUUGGCAUACAACUUAGAGGAGUCUGCCUGCUCCUCGUUGCCCUUUCCCAUCAUAGCGGACAGGAAACGGGAGCUGGCAGUGUCCCUGGGCAUGUUGGACCCUGAUGAGAAGGACAAAGAUGGCAUGCCGCUCACUGCCCGCUGUGUGUUCAUCAUUGGCCCUGACAAACGGUUGAAACUGUCGCUCCUCUACCCGGCCACCACAGGACGUAACUUUGAUGAGAUCUUGAGAGUGGUGGACUCACUCCAGCUCACAGCAGGGAGACGAGUGGCCACACCUGCCGACUGGCAGCCUGGAGACUGUGUGAUGGUCCCUCCCAGCAUGUCUGAGGAGGAAGCGGCCUCUUUGUUCCCGGCUGGCAUUUACACCAAAGACCUGCCCUCUGGCAAGAAGUACCUGCGCUACACACCUGAGCCAGGCAGAGAAGCACAGGCAGAGACAGAGCUCACUUCUGUCACACAGGCUGUACCUUAAUCCAGCAGUCCUCCUUUACUUUCAUCCUUUUAUCCCCUAUCAGGUAGAUAAACACAGUCAGUGGGCAUCCAGAUGUCAAUCAGUCCCUGACUAAACAGAUGCAAUAAAAACCAGUGCCUUAACAGAUACUACGGACUCUUCUAAUGUUCAGGCUACUUUUUUCAGGAAGUAUCUCUAAACAGAUUGGGGUUGAGAUGGGUACAUAUAAAGCAAAAACUUAACUAUAUAUGGCAGAAGUUGUUUAUAUUUUUGCAGCAGUAAUACUGUAUGGUAUGAAAAUUUAGGAGCAGAAUUGAUUUUGAAUCAGUUUUAUAAAUAUUUUUUUCAACCAUGCACUUCUUUUUUUGGACCAAUGCAAGAGGAAGUGGUUUCUGGUGCUACUUACACAGAUGAUGACCUACAUUUUUAAAUGGUUACUUACAUUUAUAAAUGUUUUAAUGACUGAUGAGUAUACAGUAACUUUGAAUUAGUGAAAGUUUCAUGGAUUUACUGUAUCUCUACUCUAAUGGUUGAGUUUAUGAAUCUGUGUGGGACAAUAAAAGCAUUUAGGUUGCUGGUUUUUCUCAUCAUUAUCGGACUAAAGGGUGAUAUUCAGCAAAUGAUGAACUACGGCAAUGAAUUUGCUUUGUCAUUACAUCCAGACAGCAAUGACUAAGACCUCUCUGAGUUAGCUUUGGCCAGCAGCUCUCUCCCUGUCCCCCUCUAUCAUAAGUUAGUACUGUUAACUCAGCUGUGUAGGAUUUGGCGUUCCCCCCUCACCGGGAUGGACAGCAUCAGUGAAGAGCUUAUCGACUUUGAUCCUGGGAACUGCAGGCUUCUCUCCAUUACCAGCAAAGACCGGAGAAUUUAAGGACAGUGGAGGCGUCACAACAGGAAACGGAAAGAUAAAAUGCAGUGAAGAGAGAUGAAAGGACAGGGGUUUUUUUUAAAAAUGAAUGAGUCACUAUUGAGUUGAAGCACAAUAAAUUAUAAAUCACAACAUGCUGGCUGAGAGUGACAGUAAAAAAGCAUGAGCGGUUCUUUCAUUUUAACCAUUUAUUAGGAAUAUAUUUGAUGAUCACUGAUAGUAUUUGACUUUGGCUGGACUUUGGACCAUAGAGGUUCUUUUCAACUCUCAUCUGCCAGCUGGUUUAUAUGAAAU